GCUGGAAAUCGGAUCCGUGCUCUGUACUAUCUGCUCUGGGCUGUGCGCUGUCAGAAGCUGCUCUACCUGCCUUUAAAGUCCAGGCUCGUUGUUAAACUCGUGCACAGCCUCAGACUGAGGGGACAGUCCGCGCGCAUCAGCUCCACUUCACCUGAGAGCCACGCAACACCAUGGAUUCCUCCUGGACCGUCACUUCUGCGCUCCUUCUGGCUGCCUUUAUUUCCUCUGCGGCUUUUACUCAUUUUGACACCGAGUGUUAUACUGCCAACGGAGAGGACUACAGGGGCUUCCAGAACCAGACCAGUCUGCUUGGUGGUAAACCAUGCCUCUUCUGGAACGAGACUUUUCAGCACCCGUACAACACCCUCAAAUAUCCCAAUGGAGAUGGAGGUCUGGGAAGUCACAACUUCUGCAGGAAUCCUGAUGGGGACGUCCAGCCGUGGUGCUACAUCCCUGAUCAUGAAGACGGGGUCUACUGGAAAUACUGCGACAUCCCUACAUGCCAGAUGCCGGGAAACUUGGGCUGCUUCAGGGACAGCGGACACCCCCCCACCCUUUCCGGCGCCAGCGAGAUCAACAAUAAACUCACUAUUCAGAGCUGCAUCAGCUUCUGUCGUAGGAAGAGAUACAAGCUUGCUGGGAUGGAGUCGGGAUACGCCUGUUUCUGUGGCAACGAAGUUGACGUGCGCGAGCGCAGCGAGUCAUCGAACAUAGAGUGCAACCACGUUUGUUUUGGCGAUCACACUCAGCCCUGCGGAGGAGACGGCUGGAUGAUCGUCUUCGACACCCAGGUGGGUGCCUGUGGUGGGAACUACACCUCACCAACAGGAGUCAUCUACUCCCCUGAUUUUCCUGAUAAAUACGGGGCCAGUCGUGUUUGCUACUGGACCAUCCAGGUUCCCGGUUCCUCCGCCGUCCUCUUCAACUUCACCUUUUUUGACAUCUCUGAUCAGACGGACAUGGUAGAGCUCCUGGAUGGCUACACCAACCAAGUGGUGGCCCGCUUCGACUGGCGCAGCCCCCCGCGGGAGCUGGUAAACGUCACAGGAGACUUUGUCAUCCUGUACUUCUUUUCGGACCGCACCAACCAGGCCCAGGGCUUCGCUCUUCUGUACCAAGCUCUCAGGAGCCCGGACAGCAGAACAGCAGAGACUAUAGGCGCCGAUGAGGACGACGGAGCAGAAGCCUCCAGCACGGAGGAGCCGAAGCCCGCCAGCGUUGUCACUGAGAGGUCCAACAGCACGUCUAACGGACGCUCAUCCCAAAUCCUGUAUGUGAUCACGUCCAGCCCCGGUAAACCGGAGCACAACAUGCCAGGUCAGUGGGCUGGACGCAGCGAGACCACCGGACACAGCGCUAUGUGGACCAUCUACGCUCUGGCUGCUCUCCUCAUUCUGACAGUGGUCGCCAUGUUGGCGAAGCUGCUGCUCCACGUCACAGUCAAGUCUCAAAACAUCCCGACCGUCAGCAGCUCGAACAGCUGCAGCCAGAGCACCGUGUCCUCUGAGCCGUGGAUCAUCCUUUACCGACCCUCCACCAUCUCCCUCUUCAAGAAGAAGCUAAAGAACCAUCACGGGGACCUCAGCCCUCUGGUGGGCCACUAGCACUCCUGCUGAAGUCCACCAUAACCCAACGCCACCAUCUGCUCUGCUCAAGGGUCGUCAAGCGCCAAGGCCGUCAGAAAAUGAAACUAUGAGGCGCUAUCAUGAGCCAACGACUGUAGCUGUUACCAAACAGCCUGUGGGCCAAAAAGGUCAGGCAUUCUCAUCCGUCUCAGCACCAAAGACAAAUGGUCAGACUGGGCUGUCAGGGGCCGCAGUGAUGGAGACGGAGGCGAAAGACUGGACCGAGGAAGAGCUGCAGCUCUAAAACAAACAGAAAGCUGCUUUGAAAAAGCAGGAGACCGUUUUCAUCGUCACCUCUGAAAUCCCUCCAGACUGCAGACUCACGAGUGGAAAACACAGCUGGGGACAGAGUGGCGGCUACCUUCAGU